AUGAAAUCAUUAUUAGGUGAUAGCCCAAUCACACCCUUAACCGAAAAGUCCGUGCUUCUCACUGACAAUAAUAAUGAGGAUUAGUUUUAUCCUAUAAGCUAAUAAAAUAAUUUUUUACGUGAAAAAGAAUAAAAUCAAAACCACUUACUAAAUCCAAGAAUUUUGACUCAAAAACAAAAUCUUCAUAAUAAAUUAAAUUAAGAACAUUAAGAAUUAAUACAGAGAAGGAAUCAAUUAAGAAAUAGCUACGAAUAGCAUUAGUUGGAACAAUGUUCAUUCAAACCAAGAAUUAGUCAGAAGAGCAUUGAAAUGAGGUCUCAAGAUAUGUCACAACCUCGUUAUAUGUCACCCAAGAAAAUCUACUUCAACGAUUAGACAGAGACUUUGUAGACAUAGCAAUCCCCAAAAUAAAGAAAUAAGAGGAAAUCCAACAAAGAGAACAUCUGGGAGAGACUUAGUCAGAAUAAGUAAAGUGUUCAAUUAUAGGUCUCAAAUCCAAUUGUUCAAGAAUAGCCAAAUCAAGAGAGAAUAGAUCAAACUAAAAUAAACGAAAUAGUCAAUAGAUUAUAUAAUCAAGCCUUUUAGCCAAAGAAAUUGAAAUAACAAAAUGAUAGCAACUAAAUUUUAGGAUCUCUAAGAGGAAGUCACAAUGAAAAAUUAGUUAUACAUUAUUUUGUUAGAGAGUUUUAUAAGGUGUUGACUUUGGCAAGGUGUGAUACUUUGGAUGAUUUAAAAUACAACCAAUAAUUUACCUUUUAAUUUUAAAUUGAAAGCGAUUUGUGUUUGAUUACACUAAAUGAAUUGUGUUAAAUUUUGGAUAAUUUGGGAUUUGUUCCUUUGGAGAAUAAACCUUUAUAAUUUGAGAUAUUUCAACAUUUACAAUGUCCUACUGAUUUUGAUUUGAUACUGUCUAGGAAUUUACUGUGUUUUUUAUUAUGCGUAUAAGGUUAUCAUAACGAAAUUGAAUAGAUUCCAAAUUAUGAAAAUUAAUACAAAAUUAAGUUCCCUAUUCAAUAUAACAAUGGAAUAACACAGUUUAUCAAUGGAAACUUAAGAGUCUACAACCCAGAUCUAUUACUAUAGAAAUAUAGCAUAUUAAAUGUGAAUCAUUUGGCAUAUAAGAAAAAUAGAGACUUACAAUAGGAUGUAAACACAUCUUUUAAGACUAAUAAAUAAACUUAAGUGUUGGCAAUUCAACAUCGAAAAAGAGUAGCUUCAGAAAUUCAACAUCAAAAUAUCACUCUAAAUGAUUACGACUAAAUAUACAACAAAAAGAAAUAGAAAUUAAUCGAAGAAUAAGAGAGAAUCAACUAAGAGUAAUGUACCUUUAAUCCAUAAAUAAAUGAUGCUCAAGUGAAAUCAAAAUACCUUUAAUCCAAACCACAGAAAUCAAAUGAUUAAGGCAAUCAAGGCUAAAAUAACACACCUUUAUUUAUACCCAACACUUUAAAAAGUAAGCUUGCAGUCGUUUAGACAAAACCAGCAAACAGCAAUGUGGCGAUAGAAAGGAUGAUAAAAGGAAGAGUUCAGAGAUAAUUGAGCUAAGCAAUUAUUAAGUAAGGAACCUGCAAUUCCAAAAAGAGAUAGUAGUUAGAAGAAUAAAUCUAUGAACAAGAGUUGGGUCAUAAGUAACCAUUAAUGUUCAUCGAUGUUAUUAUUGAUAACAACAAAAAAGAGAGAAUUGUCGUAAAUUAAAAUGAUACUGCUGAAAAAUUAGCCUCACAAUUCAUAGAGAAAAAUAAGAUUGAUAAGAGUCAUUAGGAAAACUUAAUAAAACUAAUUCAGCAGUAAUUGCCUAAUCAUUGA